AUGGAAGAUUAUCAUUGUUACUUACCUCAUCAAUUAAACGACGACCCGUUGUGUCGAUGUCUAAACCAACAUGAGCUUCCGCUUCAAAGGAAGAACAAAGUCAAGGAGGCCAUGAUGUUUUUCAUGGUCGCCUCGUUGUCGAUUUUAAGUUUAAAUAUUGAAAGUUUUCAUGAGACUUCUGAAAUUUUGUUGCCCUUGUGUGACAACAAUAAGGAGAACAAAAAUAUUCUAAGCCAUAAACUUUUACUUACAACCCCACACUCUCAUGUACAUCAACUUUAUUUAAUAUAUGAACACGAUGAAGACAAUCAAAAGUUUAUUCCUGAUAAAAAAUUGUUGUUUGAUGACUGA